CACUUUCCUGCCACGAGGUAUCCUCUCCUUUCUUUUAUCCCUUUUAGGACGAGCUGGGGUUCGAAGCGUCCAUGACAGUGGCUGAAAAAGAGAUGGGGGCCUCAGGAGUGAGACCCCGGGUAGUGCAGCGUUAGGUCCUAUUGGGUUCUUACCUGUGUGGUUUGUGGCAGAAUUCUGGGAAGCUGCUGGGGGAUGUCUGACUAGCUCCGAUGGAGCUCCACAGCCUUGACAAGAGGAGCAGCCAGGCAAUCCUGUGCGAUGCUGUGGACUGGCAUUCAGGACAGCUUCCUGGUGACCGGGCAGAUGCAGCCGCCGCCAGAGCUGCUCUCUGCUGCCAGAGACACUGUAUGUCAACACCAAGAGCUGCUGAGACGAAAGGGUCUAAACUUAGCCCUGCUCCAGCAUGCCCCUCCUCCUCUCUGCAAGACAGUGUUAUUCAGACGGACUUCUUGCCACCAGGGUCUCUCAACUCAGGGAACAACCAAGGUACAGCAGGACGGAAAGUCUGCAACUGCUGCAGCCAGGAAUUCGAAACUUCUUUCACCUGUGUGGAUGAGAAUGUCAACCUAGAGCAAAGGAACCCGUGCUCCCCUUCGGCAAAAGGGAGCCAUCACCUGGGAGACCUUGGCUGGGGAAAUCCGAAUGAGUGGUCUCACGAGGCUGCCAUAUCCUUGAUAUCUGAGGAUGAAGAUGAUAUAAGUUCGGAAGCCACGUCCUCAGGGAAGUCCGUAGACUAUGGUUUCAUCAGUGCCAUCUUGUUCUUGGUCACUGGCAUCUUGCUGGUGAUCAUCUCUUACAUCAUCCCGCGGGAAGUGACGGUGGAUCCCAACACCGUGGCAGCCCGGGAGAUGGAACGUUUGGAGAGGGAGAGCGCAAGGCUGGGGGCGCACCUGGAUCGCUGUGUGAUUGCAGGACUCUGCCUGCUCACCCUUGGGGGGGUCGUUUUGUCCUGUUUGCUGAUGAUGUCCAUGUGGAAAGGGGAGCUAUAUCGUCGCAACAGGUUUGCCUCUUCCAAAGAGUCUGCAAAACUCUAUGGUUCUUUCAACUUCAGGAUGAAAACCUGCACUAAUGAAAACACCUUGGAACUGUCCUUGGUAGAGGAAGAUGCCCUUGAUGGAUAGAGUUAAUUCUGGUUGUGAGCCUACUGAGAGUCUGCGUUAGCAUUUUAUAUGAAAACCAACCAACCAACCACAUUCCUUAAAAUUAACAGUACAGUUUCUUUGCUUGGCAAGAAAGGCUUAUUUCCCAAACUGACAGCCAGUGAGUGGUUUUGUUCUGGAUGUAUUUUUUAUUUGGAAGAAAAGCUAUGUAAGAUGCAUAAAAAACUACAACCAGCUACACCUGUUCUUCUAAAGAACUGAGAUUAAUUCAUCUAUAAUGGCCAUCAGCUUCUACUUCUAUAGCAAAAUAUUUCUAACAACCAGUGUACAAAUGAUUUCUCUUACAUGCUAUGGGGUAUUAUUCUUUGGACAUUAGUAGGUCCUACAUACAGUAGGAUCAAGUACAUACAUACUUUGUGAAAAUGAACUUAAGCACUAAUCACAUAAUGAGGCUUAUAUUUAAUUCUCAAAGGUGCUUAUCCAUUCUCUUGCUAAAUUCUUUCUUCCUCUAAUUUGGCUGAAUACUAAAAUAUAAUGUUUUGAAUUUGAAUAUUUUGAAGCUUGGGGAUGUUGAUUAUUUUAAAAAAUGCAAAAACACAUCUGUUAUACUUAAAAUUAUUUCUGUGCUCAGAAGUGGUAACUAAGUCAUUAGAAUAAAGUUUCCAGCAAAAGAAAAAUAAUGUAAAUCAUUAUAAGACCAAUCUGAAUUUAACCCAGAAUGGUAGUGUCAGAUAGUAGCCAGAAUUGCAUGCCCAUUUUCUAGAUGAAGUAAAAUUAGUUGCUUAUAUAAAUUUCAUUUUCUGUUUGUGGUUUAGCUAUUAGACAGUUACCCAGAAGUCUUUCCUGGUUCUUACACCAGAGAGGCAAAGCAUAAGACAUUUUAAAUGUGUUUCCAGACAUAUAAACCUCUAGGCAGGUCUAAGUCAUGAUUGGCUCAGACACACACCCAGGUGACGUUUUAUUGUCGUUUGGAGAAAUACAAUGCGAUACAAUUGCAGCUAGACUCUUAGAAACUGUGCCUAGAAGUUGGUUUCACUUCUCUAGGCUAAGCAACAAGCCAUUGCCCCAGGAUGGCAGCAGUCCUUAAGCCCAUAGCCAAAAAAUUAAAAAAUAAGUGACAGAGAGAAAGAGUAAACACAGUGAUUCAGUGGGAACUGUGUCCUCCCCAAAACUUACCUCCUCUAACAGUGGUCUAAGCAUCAUUUUUUUUUUAAUUUUUAAAAUUAAAAAAACUUUUUAAAAAGAUUUUAUUUGAGAGAG